UAAUACAAACAACGCCUCUGUAUCAGUAGCUGGUUUGGUGCCAUCUAUACAAUCUUCACAAAAAUAUCUUCAUGAAAAUAUGUUAGAUUUGUCGUCAGGACUGGAUGAUACAGGACAAAUACAACCUUAUUUAGCAGGAUGUCUUCUGUUGUCAUGGAUACUAGUUGGUGUAGCUGUUUAUUGGGGACACAAUUCUUUGGGAAAGAUUGCCUUUGUUACAGGAACAUUACCUUAUGUAUUAUUAUUAGCCAUAUUUGUUGGAACUAUAACUUUACCAGGAGCUGUGAAUGGUAUCAAGAUGUUUUUGACCCCCAGAUGGCCUAUGUUAGGUAAACUUCAGGUAUGGUUAGAUGGUGCCAUGAUGGUAUUAUGUAGUAUGGGAUUAGGUACUGGUGGUAUUAUAAAUUUAUCUGGUUAUUGUCAUUUUCAUAGUGGUUGUUUCAGGAAUGCUAUGAUAACUGGUUUAUUUAGUGUAGCAGGCUGUACAUUAGCUGGUUGUUGUAUGUUUUCUAUAUUUGGAGUUUAUACAUAUACAACACAAAUACCACUACAUUCAUUGAACAUAUCAGAAACAGAGUUUGCUUUUCAAAUAUUUCCAGCAAUCAGCCAUUAUUUACAACACUCACCAGUGUGGUCGGCCAUGUUCUACCUCCUGUUAUAUAUAAGUUGUUUUGGUACCCAGAUAGUAUAUAUAAAUACAAUACAUACAGGCUUUCUAUAUAAACUUGGUGUACAUACAACUGUAUGGAAAUUAUCCAGUCUUAUCUUCUUUAUUUCAUUAUUUUAUAUAUGCGGUUUAACCACAAUUACACAGGCAGGAAUGUAUGUUAUGACAUAUCUAAAUGAGUUUGUACAUAAAUUAGCUAUACCUAUAUUUUGUUUAAUGGAAUGUGUAUUUACUACCUGGUUAUAUGGUGCUCAGAGAUUCUAUAAUAAAGUAGCAGAUAUGACUGGAUCAUCUGAUAGCCCUUUUAUAAAAUGGAUAUGGAAAGCUGUGUGUCCUCUUUCUUUAGUUGCAAUAUUAGCAUUAACAAUAGUCUGUGAUAAUUGUAUAUUGUGUAAAGCAGAAGUUGGUGGUAAAGCCUGGAUGGAACCAGUUGGUUGGUUUAUUUCUGCUCUACCAGUAUUUGUCUGUUUUAUUCCUAGUUCUGUCAAUCUCAUUACAUUCCAUGGAUCAUCAAAACAAGUAUAA